AUGUCGCGUGUCCACUACAAGUUCUUCUCCAGGCUGAACUAUGAUACGGUCACCUUCGACGGCCUCUACAUCUCUCUGCAUGACCUCAAGCUCCAGAUCAUGGGCCGCGAGAAGCUGACGGCGGCCAGCUGCGACCUGCAGAUCACCAACGCCCAGACCAAAGAAGAAUACACAGAUGGUAAUGCCCUGAUUCCUAAGAACUCAUCGGUAAUUGUUAGAAGAAUCCCCGCUGGAGGAGUUAAAGUCACCAGCAAAACCUGUGUUAUAAGUCGUACCGAGCCAGUGAGUGGAACAUCAAAAGCAAUAGAUGACUCUCCUGCAUCUCUUUCUGUGGCCCACCUUGCUAAGGUAUAUAUAUAUUCUUGUCAAAUUCUUUAA